UUGACGUAAUGAGCAAUGUGUGUUAUAUGUGACUGAUGACUCACUAUACUCUACUUCUGAAACUUUUUAAAAAAGAGAAAUUUAAAGAGUUUAUUCUAAACAAAGUAACAAAGAGGACAACACAUAGGGCAAAUUUUUAAUGUCCUCAGUAUUGUGGCACUAAGCAUACAUCUCCUGCUUCCAGAUCCCAACCCUUUUCCUGGCACAUCCCUCUGUAGGAGCAAUGGUUUUGGUGGGAAACCAGACUCCCAUCUCCCACUUCAUCUUCCUGGGCUUUUUCACCCACUUGCCACUGCAUCUCUUCUUCUUUUCCAUCAUCUUGGUCACGUUUCUGGUGGCCAUCUCUGGCAACGGGCUCAUGAUCUUCCUCAUCAAUAUCAACUCCCGCCUACAGAGCCCCAUGUACUUCCUCAGCUGGCUGUCACUCAUGGACCUCAUGCUCAUCUCCACCAUUGUGCCAUGAAUGGCCACUGACUUCCUCCUAGGCCGUGGCUCCAUCUCCUUCACAGGCUGUGGGCUCCAGGUCCUUUUCGUCCUCACCCUCCUGGGGGAUGAUUGCUUCCUGCUGGCCUUUAUAGCCUAUGACCGCUAUGUGGCCAUCAGCAACCCAUUGAGGUACUCAGUGGUCAUGAGCCUCCAUGUCUGCUGGCUCAUGGUGGCAGGGUCCUGGUUCUUUGGCUUGGUGGAUGGACUGAUCCAGGCCAUCUUCAGUCUGAACUUCCCCUAUUGUGGCUCUCAGGAGAUCAACCACUUCUUCUGUGAAAUCCCUGCCAUACUGAAGUUGGCCUGUGCUGACACCUCCCUCUAUGAGACCAUGAUCUAUGUCUGUUGCAUCUUAAUGCUGCUCCUGCCCUUCUCUGUCAUCUCUGCUUCCCACCUGUGGAUGCUGGUAGCUGUGCUCCACAUGCAUUUGGCUAAAGGUCAUCAGAAAGCCUUUGCUACCUGCUCCUCUCCAAUGGCAGUGGUUUCUCUCUUUUAUGGGGCUGCAAUGAUCACCUAUAUGUGGCCUCAGGCCUACCACUCCUCCAAGCAGGACAAGGUGGUCUCAGCCUUCUAUACGAUGAUCACCCCUAUGCUCAACCUACUCAUCUACAGCCUGAGGAACAAGGAAGUGGCUGGGCCUCCCAGAAAACUCCUGGGGAGGUGUCCUUGUGGUGGGGGGACAGGUCUAGGUUGACAUUGGCACCUGUGGAUGUGGGUUCUGUGGUCUGGGAACUUGAAUUAGCUUCUGUAGUUUGGAAGAGAAACAGAUGUGCCAUACUGAAAAUA